AAGGCCAUGGUCAACCUCUGGUCGCCCGUUCUGUGAGCUACAAUUCUUAAGAAUACGCUCGAACACGAAUGUGUACCUCUCACGUGACUCACCUCCGGCUUGGCAUCAAAUUCCCGCCGCAGUUUUCUCGAAUCUGCUCCGCGUCGGCCACAACUUCAUAUCCGCACCACAUCAAUCAAUUGUUGGCUGGUCGAACCCACGGUGCAUCCUUAACUUCCUUAAUACCUAUACCAGCUCAGAUUACACAAUGAUCUGCCAACGAUGCCGAACCGGCAUCCUGUCCCGGAUGCAGCAGCCUACCGUUGCGCUGUCACGCACACACCAGCUUCCCUUCCAGCGAACCCAAUUCCGCAACUACAGUGAUGGAAAGCCUACCGUAUCGGCCACACCCCCUCCGUCCAACCCCCGACAGCCUGUCGGCGGCGAUAUCACGAUCCCAUCGGCCGUGUCGUCCGCGACCCCUGGCGUGUCCCAACCUUUGAGCACCCCCGAAGGUAUCCACGUUGAAGUCAACCCUGCGAAGCCCAAGAAACCCGUCGUGGAACGUCCUCCGAGCUCCUGCGCUGCUGGUCAGAAGUUGAAUGGGCUGAACUACUUCAAGAACAAGCCUGAUAUCGUGGCCUUGGAGGAUUCGGAAUACCCCGAGUGGCUGUGGUCGAUGUUGGACGACUCGAAGAACAGCAAGACUGCCAGGGGAGGAGUUGACCCGAGCACUUUGAACAAGAAGCAGCGCAAGCGUUACGAGAAGAAGAUGGCCGCCCGUGCCGCCAACCUGCCUCCCCAGAUCCCCGUCCACCAUCACGCUACGGACAUCACACCGGCUCCUUACAACAGCGAUGUAGCAUCGGAGGACCUUAUUGCGGCGGCGGCCGAGAGUAUCGAGAAGCGUACGGAAAUCACACGGAGUGCCAGAGACGCCCGGAGAAAGGCCAUCCGGGAAGACAACUUCCUGCGUGGUCUGUAGAUAUUUGCCUCGGCUUGGAUGGUUCAACAUUGUACAGUGUUGGCAGUGUAGAAUCCUUGGGAUGUUCAUGUAUUUUAUGCGACUUGUAUUCAUAUUAUUCAGAAGGCGUGAAGGUGUUCUUCAUAACUGUUCUAUACUUGGGGAUGUUGAUUGUCUCGCCAGUACCUGGAUGACAGACUGCCAGGAGUACACCGACCGACUACUUGCCAGUAUGACCCCGUCAUCACCAGUAUAG